UUUACCGCAACAUUUCAACUCCAGAUGAAAAUGAAGACUUGGCAACCUUGCCGUAUCCUGUCGAGCUGCUGCCGAGUCUCCUAAUCUAAUCGCGAAACCUUAUCAGCAAAGUAAUUACUCUCUUAUUCGGAAUAUUGAUCAACGUGUAGAAUUUCAUUUACUAGGGUACCCAUGGCGUAUUGGCACUAGUUUUCUUCUACGCGUAGUUAUUAAAAUGGAAUUGAUAAACGAAUCAGAAAGACCAGUCAAUCCCAAGCAGAAGGCUAGCAUUUUAUCGAGGAUAUUUUUUUGGUGGACGUUUUCAGUGAUCAGAAAUGGUCAUAAGAAAGUUUACGAGAUCGAAGAUAUACCAUCGCCCUUGCCACAAGAUUGUUCCGGGAAGCUUGGUGACAAAUUAGAAAAAGCGUGGCUAAAAGAAUUAGAGGAUAGUAAAAUUGGCCAAAGGAAAGCCAGCCUUUUGAAAACCGUCGUCCGCGUGUUCUGGAAAGAAUUCAUUCAAAUAGCGUUGUUGCAUUCUUUCAAUGAAUUUUUUAUCUCAAUUUCUCGGCAAAUUUUCCUCGGAUACUUUCUCGUUUAUUUGAGGGAUGCGAAAAACGACCGCGCUCUGUUCCAUCAACUGAAAAUUAUGGGCAUAACGUUGGUCUUGUCGUACGGUCUGAAUAAUUUGCUAACGAAUCAUUUUCUAGCUAAAAGUUACCAUAUGGGAUGUAAAAUUAAAAUUUCUCUUACUUCGCUCAUGUUUAGAAAAUGCUUACGAUUGGGUAACAACGACGAAGGAGAUGCCUCGACUGGACGUAUACUUAAUCUGAUGUCUAACGAUUUGGCAAGAUUCGAUGACAUAAUCAUGUACUGCAAUUACGCUUAUUCCGGAUUAAUUUCCACGCUGAUAAUUUCCACCAUUAUUUGUAGUAAAGUGAGCCUGCUCGCCACCAUCGUCUGCCUUGUCUCGGUCUUUUUACCGACCCCAGCUCAAAUAUUCAUUUCAAAGACCAUGGCGAGUUUCCGAGCGAAGAUUGCCAACGCUUCGGACGAGCGAAUUCGAAUGAUGGAUGAAAUCAUCUGCGGUAUACAAAUUAUCAAAAUGUACGCUUGGGAAAAACCGUAUGAAAAAUUGUUAAUGUACAAACGCAGAGUAGAAAUGAAGUUGAUCAAGAACGCGCUUUAUUUAAGGGGUCUGCGAAUUGCAAUCAACGUAGUCGUUUCAAAAUUUUCACUCUAUGCGAUAGUAGUCGUGUACAGUUUGAAGGGAGGAAAAAUUCUUCCUGAAGUGGUUUUCGUCGUGUUGGGGUACUGCAGUAUUAUAGCAAAAGUAAUGAGCGGCAUGUUCUUUCGUUCAUUUGGCGAAUGUUCUGAAUGUUUGGUGUCGAUGAAACGAAUUCAGAACUUUUUAGAAUUGAACGAAUUUAAGAAGCCAUUUUCGAAAAUAAGCCACGAUGACGAGAACGCAAUCGAAUUCCACGACGUGAGAUGUAGUUGGUGUAUAGAUUCGAGUCAAGAUACUUUGAAAAGUAUUACCUUAAAGAUUGAAACGAAAAAGCUAACUGCUGUUAUUGGAAAAGUGGGCUCAGGAAAGUCCUCUCUACUAAAUGUUAUUUUGGGAGAAUUACCUAUCAACGAGGGAAAUUUGAAACUAAACGGAUCUAUAUCCUACUACAGUCAAAUACCGUGGAUAUUCGCCGGUACUAUAAGAAAGAAUAUCAUUUUUUCCGAAGAAUACGAUGCUGAAAGAUACGAAAAGGUAAUCGAGGCUUGCGCUUUGAAACAUGAUUUUGCCUCAUUUCCCGAUGCAGAUUUAACGCUGAUUGGAGAAAGAGGAAUUACGUUAUCCGGAGGUCAAAAAGCCAGAGUUGCGUUAGCUAGAGCAGUGUACAGAAAAGCUGAUAUUUAUUUAUUAGACGAUCCUUUGUCGGCGGUAGACGCUCGUGUUAGCAAACAAAUAUUUCAGCAGUGCAUUUUAGAUUUGUUGAAAGAUAAAACUCGUAUUUUGGUUUCGCAUCAAUUGCAAUUUUUAAUGCAAUCCGACUACGUUGUAUUAUUAAAUGAGGGCAAAAUAAAAUAUCAAGGGACAUUUCAUCAAUUGGUAGAAUCAGAUUCGACGUACGCGGACACUUUUAAGAAAACGGAUUUCGAUACCGAAAGCUGUGAAUUCGAGCACAUUGGUAAAAAUGAUGAGGACAAAUCUAUGAUUCGUAAAGAGUAUGAAGAAUCCAAGCUGACUGCAGCUGGCGACGGAGGAAUUCAGGAUCGCAGCCGUGGCAAUGAAUUAGAAAAAGAAGACAAUGAAACGGCGGAUGCCUUCGCGUUAUUGCGAUUUUUGAAACGAGGCACCGGAGUCGGCGGACUGAUUAUGAUUUCUUGUUUAUUCGUGCUGACUCAAUCAUUGGCGUCAAGUUGCGACAUAUGGCUAGCGUACUGGACGUCUGCUGAAACCAGGGACAUCAAUGUGGACAAGAAAUGGUUCUAUUUCGGCUUGGAAAUGUCUAUGCAGAAAUAUUUCAUCGCCGGAUACACCACCAUUGUAUUAGGCGUGCUGGUGGCUGCUUCAUUGCGUAACUACACAUUCGCGUAUUACGGACAAAGAUGCUCGAAAAAAAUCCACAAAGACGCUUUUUACUCGGUCGUUCAUACUAAUUCGUCAUUCUUCCAUAAUAAUCCAUCAGGCAGAAUAUUGAACAGAUUUUCAAAAGAUAUGGGAGCCGUGGACGAAAUACUAAUUCCAUUUUUGCUGGAAGCCUCAGCUUCAUUAAUGCAAGUUUUGGCUGCACUCGUUGUUUCUGCUUCGAUCAGCGUCGCGUACAUCGUUCCAGCUGCCAUCAUAUUUGUCUUACUGUUCGUCGUCCGCAAUUAUUACCUUCGAGUAUCCGUUAAUCUGAAAAGAUUGGAGAGUAUCGCUAAGAGCCCAGUAUUCGUUCAAGUACACAGUACACUGCAAGGAUUACCUGUGAUUCGCGCUUGUUCCAUUAGUGAUAAAUUGAUUCGCGAAUUCGAUCGACAACAGGAUGUAUACUCGUCGGCGUGGUAUUUGUACUGCAUGACAGCUUUAGGUUACGCAUACUGCUUGGAAGUGAUCUGUUUUGUUUAUUUGGCCAUAAUCGUGUCCGGAAGUUUUUUCUUGAAUUUAACCGGAAGUCAGGUCGGAUUAGCUCUGGCUCAGUUGACUAUUUUGCUGGGCUUCGUUCAAUGGGCUAUGAAACUGUCCGCAGAGGUUUCAAAUCAAGUAACUUCCGUUGAUCGAUUACUGCGAUAUUCGGCUCUAGAAUCAGAGAAGCAACCCAUAGAGGAUAAAGUUCCGGAUGAUUGGCCCUCGAGAGGAAAAAUUAUUUUUGAUGAUGUCAGCUUCCGGUACAAUAUUACAUCACAGCCAGCAAUCCGAAAUAUUUCUUUUAGCGUUGAACCUGAAGAAAAGAUCGGUAUCGUGGGAAGAACGGGUGCUGGAAAAACAUCUUUAUUGGCGGUUCUAUUUCGAUUGGGAUAUGUAAAUGGGUCGAUCAUCAUCGAUGAUAUGGACACCAGUUUCGUGCGACUAGAAAAGCUACGAUCGAAAAUCUCCGUCAUACCGCAAGAUCCAGUUUUGUUUUCUGGCACAUUGCGUCGAAAUUUAGACCCUUUCAAGGAGUACAACGAUGAUAUAUUAUGGAGAGCUAUCGAAGAUGCGCAAUUGAGAAAAGUGAUCACCGAAGCAGACGGAAAGGGAUUGGAUACAGUAAUCACAGAAGGUGGUAAAAAUUUUAGCGUUGGUCAGCGGCAGCUUAUAUGUUUAGCACGUGCCAUUAUACGUAACAAUAAAAUACUUAUUUUGGACGAGGCAACUGCCAAUGUUGAUCAACAGACUGAUAGUAUUAUAAGGAAAACAAUUCGAGAUAAACUGAAAUCACGAACAGUAUUAACAAUAGCCCACAGACUGAAUACGGUAGUGGAUUCCGAUAAAAUAUUAGUGAUGGAUCGUGGAACGAUAGUGGAGUACGGGCAUCCUUAUCAAUUAUUACGUAACCAAAACGGAUUCUUUUAUAAAUUAGUUUCCGAAACAGGAGAAUUUGUAGCAGCAGCUCUGACUGAUGUAGCCAAAGAUAAUUACCUCUUCCAUAAAGACCAGAGAAAGAGUAGGAUUUGAAAAAUUGCUCUCGAAUUUUCUCAUUAAGGAGGUUGUUGGUAAAGGUACCAACCUGUGCAUGUAGUUGAAAACUAAACCAACGAUAGACGAUAGUUAAUGUGAGUGAGUGUGUUUGUUUUAGCACUCAGGUUGAUUUUGUAUUACUCAUGUAUUUUUUAUAAAAAUACCAAUGAAGAUAUAAGAAUGUUGAAAAAUAAACAAGCUCGCUUUGAAAAUAACGGUCCUAAGCUUAUGAAAUUAAACUUAGAAAUUUUUUUUCUCUGUCAAAAAUCAAAUCAAUAAAAAAGAAUUGGUAUAAUGUAAAAUAAUAAUUAUAAUCUUUCAAGUAUCUAGAAAAACGAAUCAAUUUUGAAAUUUUUUUCAAUUGCUCGAUUUAAAUUAACUUUCCUGUAGCAAAAAAUCGAUAUCUUCAUCUAAGUAGGUAUAUUAAUAGCGAUCAAACGGUCCAAUAAAUCUAGCACAAAACAAAUGCAAUAAAAACUAUUCGCCAGUUUACAAAAGCAGGCACAAAAUAUAUUCGAUCUAUGGACGGAUUCUCUAUUUUACAAAUAAUUACAUUGAAAUAAAAAAAAAAUACUUUGCAAACAAUAACAAUAAACUAUUCGUUUAAUCUGAACAAUUUUACCCACAGCCUAUACAUAUUAACAAUUUAUAUAAUGGUACGACAUGAAAAAAGAUAAAUAAACAAGUGUUAACACACCAUUUAU